AUGGAGCAGGAACGCUCCAAUGGGUUUCGGAGAAACUCAUCUCAUCAUGGCAUCUACAGUCGCCCCAUUGAGCGACGACCGAGCAAGAAGUCGUCAUCCAAAGAUCGACACGGCAUGGUUUACCCAGAUAGCUUUCAGCAAGCGACAAUCAGAACGGUGACGCCGGAUUCUGUAUCUGACACCGGCAACCAGUCCUCUUUGUCAGAACCGGACUUUGCGCCCGCAACUACCGCUUCUCCUCGCUCGACCGCGCGAACAAGAAAUACUGACUGGGACCGCCGUCGGGAGUUUAGCCCUUACCAUUCCGCCGGCGACGAGGAGGAUCCAACAAGUGAGGCAAAAGGUCAACGCGCUCGGUCAAAGACCACCACUUUAGACGAACAAAGGAGUGAAAUAUCACCCAGCUUCCUCACACGGACUCGGAAUCGUCUUGGAUCAAUCAAUGCUACGGCGACGCCCUUGAAUACAAAGGUUUCCGAGGAAUCAGUGGGGUCUAUCGGCUAUCCCUCUAUCAUACAAUCACCAACCUAUGCCGGUCAAACUGGCAGUCGGCAACGCUUGACCAAACCGCCUCUAGGCGGCGUCCCCGGGCUGAUUACGGGCGUUUCCCGGAAUCCAGCAACAUUUUUAUCUCCCCUAUCUAACGCCGACUCGGCCAAAAUCCUCCAGUUAAUGAAAACAACAUGUGGAAGAAUGCAUGGCAUUCUCUCCUUUCGAACCGCUCCAAACACCCAAUGGUCGUCUGGGUACUGUGCUAUCAAUGUUGCCUCGGGGAGCUUGAUAUAUCAGGCUAAAGGAGAAGUGGCCCAAGCAAAGACACUGAUUCCCGAUCUCCGUGGAUGCCACGUCCGGACGCUUUUUGACACCGAGCUGCAAUCGACGUAUCUAAGCGUCUUCACGUUUUCGUCUGGCUUAGGCUUACAGCUUAAGCCCCACGUUAAUGAAACAUUUGACUCUUGGCUGGCAGCACUGUUGUGUUGGCAACCCAUUCGUCCGAAAGGUGUUCAGAACAAGAGAACAAAGCCUCAGUCGGUUACAAUCGGUGACCGUCGUUUUAAUGACAGCCGGAGAAAUUCCGAAAGUACAAGCCAAAAGGAAGCUGCUAUUAUCAAGAUUGGGAAUAUGUUACUAUGGGAAAAGCCCACCGUUUCCGGCGCACGUCCUGUGCCUGGUUGGAAAACAUUAAGUUAUCGACAACAAAAACAAAACCCCGUUUGGCAAAGCGUGAGCGGUGCAUUACAUGAAAACGGUUAUUUCAAACUGUUCACAGAGGCUAGCCAUCGCUCUGAGCAGUCGCUCCUAGCCGUUAUCCAACUGUCGCGAUUGGCCCGCAGUGCUGUGCAGCAGCUUGAGCCGUCCGUUUUGGGUGGCGAAUACUGUAUCGCAAUUUACCCUCAGUAUGCUGCAGUAGCGGCAUCAGACUCCACUGAGCGUCCAGUUUUCCUUUCGUUGGAAACCCGAGUGCUCUUUGAAGUAUGGUUUGUACUACUACGAGCAUUUACUAUCCCCGAACUAUACGGACCUGAAACUGCCAUAUCCGAGGACCCCGUUAUUCGACCUCAGAACGCAUUUAACCCAACCAAUACAUCAAUCGCUGAUAUGUUUCGCAAUGAGAGAUUUGUUUCAGUUCGCAUUACCGAGGCUAAGCUGACGAACACUAACAAAAAAGAGUUGGAUCCGUCAUCUGGCAGAAUACACCCCAUUUCUUCAGAAGCCACUCUAUCCAGUGACUAUUACGCCGAAGUACUUCUAGACGGCGAGGUCAGGGCCAAGACGGCAGUUAGAGAGAAAACAUCCAAUCCCUUUUGGAGAGAAGAUUUUACUUUUACCGACCUCCCCCCUAUUCUUUCCAACGUGUCUGUCCUCCUCAAGACGCUUAAUCCUGCACAAAAGGAUUGGACGCUCAUUGCUCAUGGUCCUUACACCUUGGAUGCUCAAGUUAACCCCAUGUCCAUUCUUGAUGACCUUGAAGUCUCCUCACACGAUGCUACGUGCGGACGAGUCGACCUACACCUGGACGAACUCGAAUCAGGGAUUGAUCAUGAGAAAUGGUGGCCUAUCAUCGACCACAGAGACCAAGUCGUCGGAGACAUGUACAUGAAGGUCCGAUUAGAUGAAACGAUUGUCUUGAUGUCACACGAAUACGAGCCCCUGUCAGAGCUACUCCAUGCAUUCCCCAACAACCUGACGAUACACAUGGUUCAAAUAUUGCCAACCGAUUUGAAUGUGCUUUCUUCGCUUUUCCUUAACAUCUUCCAGGUAUCAGGGCAAGCCGCCGAUUGGAUUGCAGCGCUGGUUGAGGAUGAGAUUGAUGGUUUCGGAAGAGACACCGCUUCAACAGCCCAUAAUCGAUUCAGGUACACUGCAAGGCUACAUUCCAACGAUUCGAAGGAAUCUGGUCAGGAGCGAGAGGUAAUCGUAAGAGAUCUCGGACGAUCUGCGACCAUUGAAGCCAAUUUACUCUUCCGAGGCAAUUCACUACUGACCAAAGCCCUUGACAUGCAUAUGAGACGUCUAGGCAAAGACUACCUGGAGGAUACCAUUGGGGAGCGAAUUCGCGACCUAGAUGAGAGUGAUCCUGAAUGUGAAGUAGACCCUAUGCGUGUCGAACGCCCCGAAGACUUGGAACGCAACUGGAGAAACCUUAUCGGGCUUACCAGUCUCUUCUGGAAAUCGAUUGCUGCGUCUGCCUCCAAAUGCCCUCCGGAACUUCGACGUAUUUUUAGGCAUGUUAGAGCCUGCGCCGAGGACCGUUAUGGUGACUUCUUACGCUCCGUCACAUACAGCAGUGUCUCGGGGUUUUUAUUCCUGCGAUUCUUCUGUCCCGCCAUCUUGAAUCCUAAAUUAUUCGGUUUAAUGAAAGAACACCCGCGUCCUCGCGCUCAACGGACUUUAACCCUUAUUGCCAAAGCUCUUCAGGGUCUCGCAAAUAUGACCACAUUUGGAAGCAAAGAGCCGUGGAUGGAACCAAUGAACAAGUUUCUUCUUUCGAGUCGCUCAGCUUUCAAAGAGUUUGUAGACUCUAUCUGUUCAAUCUCCGCCGAACGGCCCACCCAGGUGGUUACGCCUCAAUAUGCCACUCCAAUUCAGAUUCUAGGGCGAUUGCCUGAGACUUCUAAAGAAGGGUUUCCAAGUCUUCCUUUCCUCAUCGAUCAAUCCAGAAGCUUUGCAGCCUUGAUCAAACUUUGGUUAAAGAACGCUCCGAGCAGGCUGAGGGAGAUGGAAGAGACAGAUCCGAACAUCAUGAGAUUCAACGCUCUUGCGUUGCAAAUCCAGCAGCGGACUAGAGACUGUUUCAGUAAGGCCGAACAGGCUGAGCGGCCUAACGGGAAUUACGAGGUGAAAUGGGAGGAGCUUGUGGAAUCGAUGGACCGAUCAAUAACAUUCUAUGACGAUGCGUCCAAAGCAGAAACUCCUGCCACCGAGACACCAUUCACUGCUCUUCCCGUUUCGUCGAAUAAACGCAAUUCUAUUGGAUACUUCCCAGCCAGGCCUACUUCACGUCGGUCGAUUGAUACAGGUGGAGAAGGCGACGAAGACACUCCUCCUAGUUCCUCCUCGGCGACAUGGGAGCACCACCGUUUACCGUUCACCAGGGCACGGUCAUCUGACCCCCGUGAGAAUGGCACCAGCUCAAGAAACUCGUCACAACACUCCCUCGAAAACCCAGAGGGCUCCAAGAGCCGACACUCAACAAUAGGACGGGACACAGCAAGCAAGUUACGACUUCUCGAUUUCGUUCCCGGGCCAUCCAGACGCAAAAAUAAAGAAUAA